UGAGCGAUGUGCUGCUCACAGAUAAAUAGGACAAGUUGACGCAUGUGUGGGAACGCACAGAAAGGCGGAAUAAACGCUGUGUUUUAUUGACCCGGCAGUUAGAAAAAGGGAUCUGUAGUGAGAAGGAUAGAGGAAGCACCGGGAACGAUUCAAAGUGCUAUCUUUCCUGUGGGGGUGUUUAUCUAUCCACCCUGCAACCUCAACAAGAAAACGCAGCCUUUGCGGAAUAGUCACAUUGAAGACAACACGUGUGAAUGGUUCACCGCAUGUUUCCUGGGAGGAGUGCGGUCUGAUGACUUUAUUAUAUCCGUUUUGUCGGAUUGUUUUUGAAUAUACAACUACUCUAGAUACAUUGUUUCUUUUCUCCAUCCGGAUCUGCUGUAGUGAUGUCGGAGGUUGAUGUCUCUGCAGACUGUGUCCCCAGCCGACCACCGGGUCGGACAGAGGACACGUUGAAAGAAAACCAGGAGAACAGGACUUUGCUAAUGGUGGCAAUGAUUUUAUUGGACUUGAACAAAUGCAACCCUAACGCUAUCGGCGCCGGAGGCAGCAGAUGUCUCGGCGGCAGUGACGCCGCCGGGUCGCAGGAGAAGGUGGAGCGGGGGAGUUGCCGGUUGAACACCGGGGACAGCCGGGGCUCGGUGGCACCCAAACAGUCCCGGAACAAGAGGGCGGCGGCGGCGAGACAGGAGACUCCUGAGAAGAGACACUGCUGUCCUUUUAGUGGCUGUGGGAAGAUGUACGGCAAGUCGUCCCACCUCAAAGCCCACCUCAGGGUCCAUACCGGUGAGCGUCCCUUCGAGUGUACCUGGCCAAACUGUGGCAAGAAGUUCUCCCGAUCAGACGAGCUGACGCGUCACUACCGCACGCACACGGGUGAGAAGCGCUUCAACUGUCCAAUGUGCGACAAGUGCUUCAUGAGGAGCGACCACCUGACUAAACACGCCCGGCGACAUGCAGGCUUCCAUCCCAGCAUGUUGCAGGGCUCCAGUGAGGCCAAGAGACGCCGCUGCUCCAUGUCCAUGUCCUCCUCUGACUCUGGAGACCAAAGUCCUGCUGGAGUGUGAGACACGCCCACAUACUGUACAUAUAUGCAUAAAAGUACAUGUAGUAGAUAGAGAAGCAUACACAAACAUAGUACAUGUACACCUUUACACAAAUCUUGUCAGACAACUCAACCAGCCAGACCACUAUUUAAAGUUUUUCUACACAUGUAACAUUGUGCAACAGCAAAGAGAAACAUACGUUUGAACCUGACUGUAAUCCAACUAGAACUUCCCCCUCUUACUCUCUGAGGUGUUUGGUAUUUAUUAGGGGUUAUUCAGAGUCUGUCAGACAGAUUCUAGUUGCUUUGCCAUUUGUAAUGAUUUUUACUUUGUGUUGUGUGAGUUGUUUUUUUUUCCUGUAAGAAUCGGCAAUCCAAGCAGCAUUCAUGUACAUAUAUAGUUUUCAUAAACACUACGUGUUCACUUUGCAUAACAGAUUUUAUUUGCAGGUGAAGACAACAACAAGAAAACAAAUCAUGACUGCGAUAUUCCUAAUGGGUUAAGAAGUUUUGGGAAUAGUCCAUUAGUAAAUAUUACUGUUGCACACAUACAUUAUACUAUACUUGUACAGUUACUCCCCAGUCCAGGACAAGUCGAAUGUACAGUGGGCUAUAGCAGUAUUAUCAUGUAAAUAGAUUAAACAGACUACCUUUCAGAUGGAUGAUAUACUCAGUAUGCUGUAGUUAAGCGUUAUUAGAGAGACAUAGCUAUAUAUAAUAUAGAGAACUGCAGAGCUUGGGUAUUUCAUUUCAUAUAUUUGGCCGUGGACUUAGUAAAUCAGGUAUAUGUUGAAACAUAAAUGUUGUCACAUCGUGAUGAACUUGCAAAUAAUUGCACCAAAACACCUUAUACAGUACGUUGGCAAGACCAUAAUACAUAAUAAAUAAAUAAAUAUAUAUAAAUAUAAUAAAUAUAAUAAAUAUAUAUAUAUAUAUAUAUUUAUUAUAUAUUUAUUAUAUAUAAUUAUAUAGUGUCAGUAGUGCAGGAAAACAUAACAGGGUAAAGUCUUUAAAAAGGAAAGUUGGAGACUUUUUCACUUGGCAGUUGAAACACCUUUUAGUGUUCAGACCGUAAUGAUUCAUGCAAUCGUGUUUAGUUAAAGUGUGCAAACUGUAAACAAGGACGUCUGUGCCUUUCAAGGGUUUUGUAGCAGAGAGGAAUUUCUACAUUUUCAACCUUUGGAAAUACUACCUAGAUGAACAUCGUCAGAUUCUUUAUGUUGAUAUUCAGUAGUACUUUGAAUAUCAAUGACUGUCUGUUAUGCCAACAGUGCCAGUUGCUGUACAUUGAAACUAACUUUUGUUUACUCUGUAUCUGAACUGCAUUUUAUCAGGGAAUAAUGUGAUACAGUCAUUUCAAUCAAUAUUACACCCCCUGGUGGUGACAUGGAAGCACAACAUUUCUCACAACAGAAAGUCAUAAAACCCUUUUUUUAUUUUCUGUCCUAGCAUUUUGAGGCGCACUCUGUUGAUUAGUUUGUUUGUGAAUCAAUGAAUUACAUCAUGUAGCAUGUUCUUAUGUAUUUGUUUGGUACAAUGUAUUUUUUAAUUGUCUAGUAAUCUUUUGUAAUAUUACUAAUGGGAUUAGAGAUCUUAUUCGUCCACUACAGGAACCAGAAACAUUGUUGAUGUCAUUAGUUUUCUUUUUAUACUUGCCACAUAAUGCAUUAAAACGUCCAGAUAGAGUGUGAAGUUAGGUGUAGUUAACCUCGUAGGACACAAACUACAUACAUUUGUAAAGUGAAAUGCUGUUUUUCUUUUCUGGCAUUAUGACAGCUGUGAUUAGAUGUUGGUGCCUUUCAGGUUGAAGUCCUUACUUCUGAUGCUACUGUACUGUAAUCAGGGACUGUCAAUGCAGACUCCAUGUUAUCGCAAUAUAUAUAACUGUGUAAUAAUUACUGCUUAAAAGUUUUAACAUUAAACUUAUUUUUCUUUCUAAA